AUGACCACGUGGACAAUCGCGGUGGUAAUUCUCUGCCUUCGCCUUCUUUCAAUUGUUCGAACGGCUGUUAUUGAAAAGGCGAGCGUCCUUGAAUCACCAAAAGAAUACUACAAUCGGAUAAAAGAAAUUCCUGUGGACGAGAUCACACAGGAAGUAGACGAUGUUUUCUACAUGACACCGGAGAAAAUACAACGGAUAUUGACCGAUAAUCCACUACUACGAAGGCUUUCUAUGUUCUCCACUAACACAACUCGGACACGGGAUUCUAACGAGUCAACACAAGCGAGUGGGAAACCACAGAAUCCUCCAUUGUCCUUGAAGCGACCAAAUUAUAAUCCUCUUGAUGACAAUUUUGACGCUGACUAUGAACGGCUUAAUGAGACGUUCUUUGACAAUGUCGACAUCAAAGUAGAGCAUGAAAUUCGUAGACAGCCAACUGGAAGGACACUAUUCGAUGGGGAGUUACAACCACCAAAUCCUGCAGAGUAUGAUGACGAGCAGCCAUUCGCAGUCACCGAAUCGCUGGUGAAUUCACUUGAACGUGCCGAUCACGCUUUCAUGUCCGUGAAAGCCGAAACGAUCAGCGGAACGGCAGAAGGGCAAGACGGUGACUAUGGAGAGAACCAGUCCAGUCCAUUGGAUUCGUCUGCAGUCGCAUCAUCAACCACACAGGAGAUCCCUGUAACCACCACAAAUUUUUCUGCAGGAGGAUAUGUUGUGUCGGGAACGCGCUACUAUUUCGACAAUCGAAUUGACGGUGACGUUCGCGCCGGGACAUCAGAUGUAAUGAAAGAAGACUACGCUGCAAAGGAGAACAGUAGAGAACAAAUCGAAAUGAUGCAGGUAAUGUUUUAG